CAGCUGAUUUCGCGUCGCGUGCACGCCGUUAAGAAGCCCUCCUGUAACACCCACAUUACCCAUUCUCGCCAUCUGGCUUUGGUUGGCGCUCAACGUCACAGUUCCACCAUCGUGCCAUUACAUCUCCCGCUUGCGAGAUCGGGGACAUCCUGAGGUCGUGUCAGUACGAGUGGAGGCAUUACUGUUUGCGGGAAUGAUGUGCCCCGCCCGGGUGUAUUGUUCUGCGAGCUGGGGCUUUUUUUUUGUGUCGUGAGAAGCUGAAGUGGGUUGGACGAAUCGGGUUUGGAGGCCUUGUUUGGUUGAGUGUGGACUCUCACCUCUUGCUUGCUGCUUGCUGCGAUGGCGGCCUCGGUGUGGCAACAAUCCAUGGCCUGGGGUGUCGUUGCUUUUCUUUGUCAGUGGGAGUGGCUAGGUUGCGAGGCUGUGAGGACCCUUGCCUCUGGUGGGUCUAUGAAGCUUGAGGAGGCGCAUCUGCCUGGUGCUUUUCACUCCGUUUCUGCUCACGAGACUCUUAGGAGUGCUGCGGACUCAGAGUUUAGGUCCACUUCGAACCGGGGUGAUCUUAGAGGGUGUGGCAAUGGCAACCCUGUCGAUGAUUGCUGGAGGUGCAAUCCAAACUGGACUAAGGACCGACAGCAGCUUGCAGAUUGCGCCCUUGGCUUCGGCAAGAAUGCCAUCGGUGGUAAGAAUGGAAGAGUUUAUGUUGUCACAGAUGACGGCGACGACGACGUUGUAAACCCCAAAGAGGGAACACUUCGCUACGGUGUCAUUCAAGUCGAGCCUCUUUGGAUUGUUUUCAGCCGCAACAUGAAUAUUAAACUCAAGCAGGAGCUUAUCAUGAACAGCUACAAGAGCCUAGAUGGUCGUGGGUACAAUGUCCACAUUGCAGGAGGAGCGUGUCUGACGCUGCAACAUGUCAGUAACAUCAUUAUCCACAAUAUUCACAUUCACGAUUGUAAAGUCACCGGACCUGCUCAUGUAAGGAGCUCUCCAUCCCACUACGGAAGCAGAGGCAAAACUGAUGGGGAUGGCAUCAAUAUUUUCGGCUCACACGACAUCUGGGUAGAUCACUGCUACUUCUCAAACUGCGCUGACGGCCUUGUUGAUGUCAUUCAAGGAUCCACUGAUGUUACCAUCUCUAACAAUUACUUUGAGAACCACGACAAGGUGAUGUUGCUUGGGGCUCACCCGAAAGACUCAAUAGACAAGGGCAUGAGAGUCACUGUCGCCUUUAACCACUUCGGAGCAAAUCUCAUUGAGCGCAUGCCAAGGUGCCGACAGGGUACAUUUCAUAUAGUCAACAACAAUUAUCAAGGAUGGGGAAUGUAUGCUAUUGGAGGAAGUGAAAAUCCUAUCAUAAACAGUGAGGGAAACCGUUUCUUCGCUCCCGAUUCAAAGGUCAAGAAACAGGUCACCAAGCGCAUCGAAGACGGAGGCAACAAGAACGAAGACAGUUGGAACUGGAGAUCCUCAGGUGACAUGUUCCUGAAUGGUGCUUUCUUCACCGAGUCAGGAGAUGAAUCUACAAGUACUCGAUUCUUUGCGAAGGCUACCAGUUUCAGCGCUCGCCCUGCUGCCAUGGUGCAAUCCAUGACCAAUGACGCAGGACCUCUUGCUUUGUGAUCGAGAGCAUAAGCUGGAUGGCUCCAUUAUCUAGCCUAAGAUCACUCUCCACAGGACAGUGGUCUCCGCAAUCUGCCAAAAAGUUGGUCGAACGACUUUUGGCUAGCGAUAAGACGGCGUUUGGUUUCUGUGCAUUUCUGAAGCGUCCCCUGUGUUACUGGUCGAGCGCUGGCCAUGUAUGGUCGACCUAGCCCAUAACCACAGUGUGGUGUAGCUAGUUUGUGUUCUAAUCAAUACGUACCAACCUUCGAAAACGAAACAAAAACGUGUAAGACUAUUCACUUUUAUCUUUCUUUUGAUGAGUGGCUGUGCGAACGUGGCCCACAACUCUUAUGCCAGGGUGCUCUCUCACGAACUGGUGCCAUGUGAUAACUACCUACGGACGUAAAAGCAAAUACGUUCUGAGCUCUGUACCUAGUGAUUUUCAUAAUCGCAGCCUUGAAUUUCUCCAUCAGAACGUA